AUGGCCCUGUUUGGAUACGCGGCAGCCUCCGAUUUCAAAGCCGCCGCGAGGACGGUUGCGUUCGGCGACAACCCCGCGGCGGCCAGAGCCGAGAUCAACGACUGGUUCAGGAGCGAGGCCGGCGGCUUCGUCGACAACCUCCUCACCGAGGGCUCCAUCGACGGCAGCACGGCCGUCGUCCUCGCCAACUCGCUCUACUUCAAUGGCUAUUGGUACAACCCAUUCUUCCCGCGCCUCACCCAAGAUGGUGCCUUCCAUGUCACUCCGGACCACGCGGUGCGCGUGCCUUUCAUGACAGGGAGUCACCAGCGCACCUUCAUGUACAUCGGCUGCCAUCCUGGCUUCAACGUCCUGCGCAUGCCCUACUGCACCGGUGGCGGCGGCGGCGGCGGCGGGAUGUUUGCCAUGUGCAUCUACCUCCCCGACGAACGCGACGGCCUGCCUGGCCUCAUGCGCCAGAUCAGCUCCAACCCGGCCGCGUUACUGCACAAGACGAUCCUGCCGAAGGUGCCUGUCACGGUGGGGGAGCUCAGGAUACCCAAGCUUGAGGUGUCGCUCAAGGUGGAGGCCUCACGACUCCUGCGUGACCUGCCUUUUGACCCUGCCGCCAACUCCUUCUCGUUCAAUGCUGAUGGGUUCUUGCGCCUUCUUGCACAUGUUGGAGCCAGGGGAGAGCUGGAGGAUCCAGAGUAUCUCAAGGACGACACUGUCCUCAUCCCGUCAUCCGGUGUGACAUCACUGUGCUGA